AAGGCAUCCAUCCCUUCCACCAUCGUCGCCGACCCGGCCCGGCGGUUUCUCGGAUUCCGCGAAUAUAUCCUAGCCAGCAAAUCCAUCCAUCACCCCGCCAUCCCUCGCCCAUAAAUUGCACGCCCCCGAGACGUUUCUUGCCACCGUGGAGUUCGCCCAGCUCUCUCUCAUCUCUCAUCUCCUUGGCUACGUACUUCUUCCACCUCCCCCUCUCUCCCACGCACCUCUCUCGCAGCGCCUCGGCGAUCGGAGCAAGCCGCUUGUUGGGUUCUUUGCUUGGCAUGCCUAGGUGCACCUCGUCGGUCAACUACCAAACGGAGACAGCGACCAUGUCGGAGCUCAUCUGCAACGGCUGCUUCAGCCUGGUGCUCUACAACCGCACCGCAGCCAACGUACGCUGCUCCCGGUGCAACAUGCUCAACUCCACAAGAUCAGCGAGCCAGUACGCCCACCUGAAGUGCGGUGGCUGCCGGACGACGCUCAUGUACCCGCCGGGGGCCUCCACCGUGGGGUGCGCCACGUGCCACCACGUCAACCCCGUCAGAGCCCAGGGCUCCUCGGCUCCUCCGGAUGCCCAUGCGCGGCCUCAGACAGUUCUCGUGGAGAAUCCCAGGACAAUGAACGACAAGGGCAAACUGGUCAGCAAUGUGGCGGUCGGUGUCACUUCAUGGAAAAGAUGACCAAGAAGGAAUUCUUGGUUUUAUCCCCAAGGGUCUGGUAAUGAUGCAUGCCCUUGGUGAAUCUGUAUCAUCGUCAUCAUCGUCGUCGUCAUCGUCAGAUAAAUGUUAAAAUCAAGUGUGUUUUGAAACUUGAUAUAAACAAGAGAAACAGUAGGAAAAGAGGCAAGGAAAGAGAAGGAGAAAAAGAAAAAAAAUGGAUCUCUGAAAUGUGCCAUGUUUGUGCUUCUUUCUGAAAAUGUAAAUAUGCUGGCUAUGUGCUAGCCUAUGAUGUGCUCUUAAGAAAAAGGAAUGCAAAAAAGCAUUAUGUCCA